CACACCGGAUCAGCGCGCUCGGUGCGCAGACGCAUCAGGUGCGCACCAGAAGAGAGAAAGGGAGAGACUCCAAGACGCACAGCGACAAUGAUUCAUACUGCACAAAAAUGAACUAGAUAGCUGUGGGAUGUUUGCGUACUCGUCUUAUAACCAGCUGUAACGCGUGAAACUAAAUCGGGGGGAUCUACCAAAAUCUUAAAUCGAUAAGAUACUGGAGAGAACGAGACUGUGUGCAAGAGCGCUAAUGGAGACGCGCUGGAUCACAAGCCCCUGUCCUGGAAACUCCGUGUUAUGAGGCAGCAGAGGACCACAGACCUCCUGUAAGUCAAUUUGGCAACGUUUCAAGUUCGACCUUUAGAGGAAACAAUAAAUCAUGAACUCCUCUGAGCCUCUCUGCGUUUUGGAAGACCCGUGGAACCUCAGCACAGCGGAGGAAGAGGACCAGAAACUUUUAUUCGGGAUCGGCACGGAUAAUUUCAUCACGCUGCUGGUUUUCGGGCUCAUCUUUACGCUCGGCGUGCUGGGCAACUCCAUGGUCAUCACCGUGCUGGCCCGGAGCAAACCGGGGAAACCGCGCAGCACCACCAACAUUUUUAUUCUCAACCUGAGCAUAGCGGACCUCUCCUACCUGCUCUUCUGCAUCCCUUUCCAGUCCACCAUCUACAUGAUGCCGACGUGGGUGCUUGGUGCAUUCAUUUGCAAAUUCAUCCACUAUUUCUUCACCGUGUCCAUGCUGGUGAGCAUAUUCACCCUGUCCGCAAUGUCCGUGGAUCGAUAUAUUGCCAUCGUGCACUCCAGAAAGUCGUCCUCCAUCCGGGUGGCGAGGCAUGCCCUGAUCGGAGUGGUGGUGAUUUGGAUACUCUCCCUAGCCAUGGCUGCGCCCAUCAUGUAUUACCAGAACAUUUUUCACAGAGGGGAGAAUCACACCUUCUGCUGGGAAGUGUGGCCGGAUCAGAACCAGAAGAAAGUCUAUGUGGUUUGCACGUUUGUUUUUGGUUAUGUGUUGCCUCUGCUGCUCAUCUCCUUCUGUUAUGCAAAGGUGUUAAAUCACCUGCACAAAAAGCUAAGAAACAUGUCCAAAAAGUCAGAGGCAUCAAAGAAAAAGACUGCUCAGACGGUGCUGGUGGUGGUGGUGGUGUUCUGCCUGUCUUGGCUCCCUCACCACGUCGUUCACCUCUGGGUGGAGUUCGGGACCUUCCCUCUGAACCAGGCCUCCUUCGUGUUGCGCGUGGCCGCCCACUGCCUGGCCUACAGCAACUCCUCCGUCAACCCGGUCAUCUACGCCUUCCUGUCGGAGAACUUCAGGAAGGCUUACAAGCAGGUGUUCAAGUGCCAGCUCCGCGCCAGCGACUCCCCGCUCAAUGACGUCAAGGAGAUCCGCAGCAAAGCGGAGACGCCGCCCUCCACUAACUGCACUAAUGUUUGACUGACCGCGGCUGGCGGCGUGAAAUGCAGUUAUGCCAGCUGUCACCCCGGGGCACUCACUCUAAGUCACAGUGACAGAGCCAUCUGACAUGAGAGGGUGUUUUGCUUCUGAUGUAAGUAUGGUUGGAUAUUGCUGCAGUUGUAUUGUUCCACAUAUGCGCUGUUCAUCAUACCUGGUCGAGAGGGGAUUGAGCCACAGUGGCUGCGGGGCAUGAUGGCUCUUCUGAUCUGUCCCCGGUUUCCCCUUCUCUUCUUUCAUAAUGAAAACUUGUUGUGUCUGUAACUCUGGAAUACGAUCGCCUCCAUCUAAAGUGAAUUAGUUCAUUACAGAUAUUAUUUACAUAUCACAUCACGGCAUAUCUGGCAAAUGCAUACAAAUAUGAGGUAACUGAACCUCCAGACUUAUUGAUGGAAGCAUAAUGAUUGAAAUUGUAGACAAAAUAAUUUAGGUAAAUACUUUUUCUCACAUUCUUACUUCUGAUCCAAUUGGUCGGUUUGCUUUGUUAUGAAUAGUUAGGCGCUAGGUCCAUGCUAGUUUCCUGAUGCUUCGUGUUGCUGCAGUGGAUCUUGAAGCAGGAAGUUGAAGCUGCUUGCUGCUAAACAAAUCCUUUUCCCCCAACUUGAGGCUAUAACAUACACAUGGAUACACACUUACAAGCGAAAGUUACCCAGUUUCCAAACAAUGCUCGUUGACAGUGAUGAAUCUGUUCUUGGUGAAACAAGCUCAAUAUGAUUGAUGUCGCCCGUCAAAAAACAAUAAAUGAAGGCCAUUAGUUUGACGCUUCAUAUCACUGGCUUUCAUUGAUCCAUUGGUCCAUUAGCUUGCUAAACGGUUAGCCUCAGGCACUUCUGGAUACCAACACUAGCAUUAGCAGCACAGUUCUCAUGACACACAGCCAGGGCUUGACAUUAAUACCAACCCGCCAAAUUUGGCAGGUGAAUUUCACCGGUGGCGGGCAGCACAGCCACUCAAACGGCAUCUGAAAUAAUAAACGAAAUGCAAAGUGAGACUGCAACACUACAACUCCCAUGAGCACUGCGUGCCCACAGUGUUUGCUCAUUGGUCCAGUCGUGACUGAUGUCACUGUAGUCACACGUUCUCUUGUGAAGUGGAGGCCAUAGGCCUACUGAACGCCGGGAUGAGACAAACAAAAGAGAAGCUGAAGAUGGAUCGCAGGACUGCAUAUUUUCAGAUAAAAGUAGCUUUAAGCCGACGCAGAAUCUUAUCAGAGCUGAAUACUUAAUUAAGAUGUAGUGUUAAACAUUUCUUGAUAUGCGUGUACAAGGGUCAUUUACAUUUAAAAAGAUAUAUUUGGGGCUUUUGCACCUGUAUUAGAUAGGGGCACCUGAAGAAAGGCAUCAAGCCCUCGCUGAAAUGAGGACCAUAAUUUCCCAACGACAAAAUUGCGGCUAGUAAAAAUACUGGGUGGCUAGUAAUUUCUUCUCUGAAAUCAACUAGGGACAGUGGCUAGUGAACAAAAAAGUCAAUGUCAAGCCCUGCCUAGAGCCAGUGAUAUGACACAGAAGUUCCUAACUUUUAACCAUCGUCAUGCAUGUUGCUAAACAGUGCCAGACUUUAUAGAUUUUGAACUUGGCUUCAUGGACUUCUUUGGUGCAGUCCGUAGGCAUCACUAAUUAUCACCAUUGAAGCAUACCUCUUAGCUCAUAGCUCAAAGUUAACCAGACUGAAUACCGAUUAACUUUUAAGGGUUAAAAAUAAGUCUUUAUUUUUUGUGAAAUUUGCAUUACACUAAUUUACAAGAAAAAUUAAGACCGCCUUAACACUGUAGAAAAUAUGUUAUCUAUAUACCACCCUCUGAUGUUAAGGUUUCAGUCCCCAGGGCUGAAGCAGCGCUUAAUUGGCAAACCAAUCUGGCAUGUGGAUACUGGCUGUAAGGUGGAUGAAUUAUAUUGUAUUAUAUAUGUUAUUUUCAGUCUCUGCAUGUGUUAAAUACAGAACAUUCAGUGUGUGAAUGGGUGUGCUGUGGAGUUAUUGAAAGGUACAUCAGAGCGCUGCUCAAACACUUGAGUGUACGUGUAAUGAACUGAAUCUUUUCAAGCGACCUAUUCAUCAUCACUGCUGGAUGAAAUGUCACCGUUGUAGAUAAGAAGAAAAAAAAUAACGAAAAUAACGUCUGCAUUUUAAAUAGAUGUGGUUGUAAAUAUUACUGACACUGAUAUUAACACAUGCCUGUGAACGUCUCACUCUGUACUCUGCUGUGAUGCCACGUGGACAGUUUUCGGACUGUGCCAUACUGUGUGACUUGAGCUACCGUGUGGACUUCUAUAAAGCUCAAUGCCAAUGUUUUCCGCCAUCCUUCUAACGAUGAAUCUGGCGGGAGCUCCUGCGCAGAAGAAAAAUUCUGAUGUUGUAUGCCAUACGUAUGUGACGUGCCAAGCCUCCAUGCAGCAGCUUUACCUCAGUUUGGCAAAAGGACCCGCAGUGACACUCGGACCUACUGUUUCGCACAAUAUUUUACGUACACCUUUGGAACUUUUUGCGGGAACGUGUUUCAUUCUUCAGGAUUCACCUGAAAAGGAGGAAAGGUUAUGGACUUUUUAGCCGAGGCAACCGUGUGCUGCUGGGGUUUUCAAUUAUUUAUUUAUUUUUGCCGCAGCAGCUGAUCUGACUGAUUAACACCAACUUCGUCCUGAGAGGAAGAAUUAAUCAGUGCAAUCAGCAGACUCUCAUCCUCCCUGUCAGCUUGGGCCUCAGAUGUGAUGUGUCACAGGGGUGCAGCUGAUGGCUUCACUCAGAUUCACACGUAUACAGUAUGUAUAUAUGUCGGUGUGACAUAGCGUGUGAAUGAAUGGAAAUGAUCUCUGCUUAAUUAAUGGAGCAUAAUGUGUUGAGCACGCGAACAAAAGCUUUUCUAAGUAAAACAUGCAUCAUCUGAUUUCACGUUGGAUUACAGCCCACAAAUUGCAGCGAGAUUACUUAGUAUAUACUGGACAUCGAUAUAACACAAGCAUUUUGUAUAGGUAGGAAAGCUCUGCAAUAUUUACUGUGUAAGGCAAUUAAAAGAUAGGGAAUUGAGCAUAACGAGAGUGGUAAAAAAACAACAACUGUAAUUUCAUAUUAUAAUACUUCCAACAACGACAGAAAAAAAACAAUUAUUUUUUGUUAUUUUAUUAUAAAUUGUAAGCUGCUGGCAAACGUGACCCCUGGAUAAAUAAAUGUUGUAACUGGAGUGCGGUGUAUGUGGGCGUCAAAAAUUGUAGCAUAGUUGCAGGAUAUGUAGGCUGGAGAACGAAGCUGUUGUCCCCCUGUUUCAAGGCAAUUGCAAAUGGCAAACAGGCUGCAAUAUGCACAAUAUGUAACACUAUGUAAUGAUUUGAUUAUAAAUCACUUUAAGCAGAAAACAAAAUCCAUCCAGCUCAUCAUCAAAACAGUUUUCAAAGUGGACUAAUAGGCAAUGCCUGCCUGUCAGUCACGUACCGUAUAGUUACGCAACUCUAACGAGGCAAUUAUAAAAAUACUAAGUGUUGUUUUGAUUUCUAGGGCCCAUCUAAAUGCGACAUUUGCACCCCCAAUUUCCCACACACUGUAUAUGCCAAGUAUUUUCUCUGUAAUUUGCAGGCUGUGUUCUAAUGCGUUUGUACUUUGUAAAUAAUAAAGCUUUUGAUUUUUUGUGUGUGGGGGGUAUGGGAAAUCAAACAUGUAACAGAGUGAGGUUUUGCAAUCAAGGUGCUCUUUCUUAGGUUUCUCGUGGGAGUCACAUUUUUAUUUAUUCAUCCACUCACAUGACAAUGUCUGUACAGCCGUUCAGUGCUUUGUGUUUUACCGAGGUCGUCCUGUUGUGUCUUUCAAGAGUGUUUCCUGUAUUAAUUCAGAUGUGAUAUCAAAAGAAAUUGACCCGCAUACGGGAAAAAAAAAAAAAAAAGAUUAUUUUGUUGUCUUUUUAAUCUUUCUGUGCUUGGAAUGCAACACGUGAGGAACCGCUCCCGCUGAAGUGCUCCAUAUCCGGACGGUAAUUUGAAAUAUAUCCAGGCUUUUUGAUUGUGUCUUAUGCAGUGCUACUUAUGUUAUAAAAUGAUAUUAAACUCUGUGGCAUUUCCUUGAA